AUGCCUCCUCCUCCUCCUCCAAAGUUUGGAUCAUCUCUCAAGGGCGCCGAACUCAAGAGAAAGCUCGUCGAACUAGCCUCGACUUCCAGACCGGAUAAACCUCUGGAUAUAUAUGUAACUUCAUCAACAGGCCACCAAAUCCGCGAAGAUGGCGGUAGUGGUACCGGUCUCACCAGCUGGCGAGACGAUAGGAACCAAAAACUCAAAACCCAGUUCACUACCGUCGGUGCAGCUGUGAAAGUGGGGACGACAAAGCGAAACGCAAGUAAAAGUGGUCUGGAACUCACUGGUAAUGUGAUUGAACACUCAAAUGGAACAACGCACCAGACGACUGCCCCUUCCCCGUCGUCUGCAAAUGAUCCCAAAAUGCCCAAGCAAAUCUUCAAAAACUGUACUAUCUACAUCAAUGGGAAUACCUCCCUCUCCGGUGUCUCGGAUGUAGAAUUAAAGCGUCUUCUCACUUCUCAUGGUGCUGUGGUUUCAUACCACCUCGCUAGACGUCAAGUCACACACAUCAUUCUCACUAACCCAUCUGCCGCUGCAUAUGCAUCCACCGGCAUUUCAUCGGAUCCUCAAAUAUCGUUAACAUCUACGAUGUCUACGUCUUGUGGUACUUCUCAGUUAUCAAGAACGGUGGAUUAUCAAUCCGGAACUGCGAUUCUGGCGAGUAGAAAAAUUGAUUUGGAAAUGAAGGGUAGAGUUAAGUCGAAAAUCCACUACGUGAGCGUGGAAUGGGCGCUGGCGUCCAUGAAACAAGAGAAACGACUUGCGGAGACAAAGUUUCCCGUCGUUCCCCUGAGGGAAGCUAGGCAGGGGACGCUGAUGGAUUGCAAGAAGACUAGGCCGACUCAGAGAUCUUUGAUGGACAUGAUGAAGAAGUAA